AUGACGACUGUAAAAAAGUCAUCGACUUUGAUUCAACAACAUCUUCUCCGACAUGCCAAACCACCAAAGUCUCCAGUUUGUUUGUUCCGCAGAUCCGUUUCACUAUUAAUCCGUAAACCCAAUUAUCAAGAGCGUCGCUUCCCUUCCUUCUUAUUCUUCUUCUCGUCGAUAUCCUCUUCUUUACCUCUCCAGUCUCCUCAUAGCUCACUCUCUUCUCUCCUCGUACCUAAAUACUUGUCUUCUGCUUGCGAACAAAAUCAAGAUAUAGACAACAUCUCAUUGCCCCCACAUAGCUCGAAAAACGAUGAACAUAAAGAAGAUAAGGAUGGGUCAGAGCGUACAACGGUUUCCAUAAGUGAAAUAACUGAGAGCUCACCAAUGAAGUUGACGGUGAAGGAGAAGAAAAAGAUUGCUUCUUACGCGCACAACCUUGGAGACAAGCUUAAAUGUCAACUCGUAGGCAAGUCAGGCGUCACGGAUUCAGUUGUCUUCUCUGUCCUAGAGACGCUAGAGAAGAACGAGCUCUUAAAGGUGAAAAUACACAGGACAUGCCCUGGAACGCUAGAGGACAUGAUUCUGCGAUUGGAGGAAGCUACUGAUUCUGUAGCAGUCGGGAAAAUUGGGCGGUCUGUUAUACUUUAUCGUCUUAGUUCCACCAAUUUGAGGAGGUAGUUAACAGAUUAGUUGCAUUAUACUUUUAUAUACAGUGGACUCUCAGGACUGAAUGGACUCGAAACAGGGCCAUCAAUGGUAUGACUUCUCCAUUUUUUCUGUUCUUCCAUGAAUUACAAUCUCAAGCAUAGUAUCAUUGAUCUCCACUGAAUGAAUA